AUGGCACCACGGAUAAUUCAUGGAAAAAUCGGAUCAAGAAUGUUGUUGUUCUUGUUGAAGAGAAUAGAUCGUUCGACACAUUCGCGGGUGGUCUUAGCUAUAACCCAUCCAUUGAUGGGUUAUUGCACCACAAUUACUGCAAUUCAAUACCCUACGCAAAAAGCGGAUGUUUGUGCUGGACCUCGUGCCAAAGAUGUUGCAGCAGAUGAUCCAAAUCAUAGUAUUAGUGGUAUCAACAUGCAACUCUUCACAACAUGGCAUCCGGAUGGAACACAACCCCAAAAUAUGCGUGGUUUCGUGACGGAACAAUCCUUCACCUUCGACACCUUCAAUAAAACUCGCGCUGCCGAAGUCAUUAACUACUAUACUCCCGAGCAGAUAAAAGUUUUCAGUACGAUGGCUGAGAACUUCGUACUCUUCGACCGCUGGUUUGCUUCUGUACCUGGUCCUACCAACCCCAAUCGUGCCUACAUAACGAGUGGGACAUCCUUUGGACACGGAUCAAAUGAUGACUCCUUCGACACAUAUGGAUUACCCGUCAAAUCCAUCUUCGAACAACUUUCGGAAAACAACAUCACCUGGAUGAAUUACCAGAACUCUACCCUCGGUCCGGGACUCGGUUUCAACCCUGAUGCGGCCUUUUAUACCUGGACCAAGACCAGUGGUAAAGACAAAACUAACAUCGCACCCUUAACAAAAUUUUACGAGGACGCGGCUGCGGGUUCUCUCCCGCAAUUCACAUACAUCAACCCAGAAUGUUGUUCCUACCAGUCCUAUCAUCCCCCAUCACCCAUUAGCCUAGGAGAAACUUUCAUCAAAGGAAUCUACGAAGCUGUCCGCUCCUCACCACAAUGGAACGAAACGCUUUUCGUCCUCACAUUCGACGAGCACGGCGGUUUUGGCGAUCAUGUUCCUCCACCAACGAACGUCCCCGCUGGGGAUAAUGUCACAUACACUGAAAAAGCGCCGGACGGAAAAGACAUGACGUUUGAUUUCACACGUUUGGGCCUCCGGGUUCCGACGCUUUUGAUCAGUCCGUGGGUUGGUAAGGGACUGGUGGAGAAUAAGGGGAAGAAUAAGGGAGGCGAAUAUACGCAUACGAGUAUUAUUGGAUUUUUGGAUGAGUUGUGGGGUUUAGAGCCAUUGACACCUAGAGUUGGCUGGAGUAGUACUUUUGAGAAAUUGAUUACGAAUAAGUUGAGGACGGAUACGCCGGUUACAUUACCGGAUCCUGUGGUUUUUGGUUAA